CGCCGGUUGGUCUGUCCCGCCGGGGCCUCCCGAGUAACGGCGCCGGUAGCGGCGGCCUUGCGCAUGCGCGCCGCGGGCUCCUCCGGGGCUGUGCGAAAUGGCGGCGGUGGUGACGGCGUCGCGCAGCCUGGCUAAGUGCUGGCUGCGGCCGGCAGCGCGGGCGUGGCCAGCAGCAUGCCAGACUCUUGCACGCAACUUUCACUUUACAGUCGAUGGAAAGAAAAGUGCUUCUGCCAAAGUUUCUGAUUCGAUUUCUACACAAUAUCCAGUUGUGGACCAUGAGUUUGAUGCAGUUGUUGUGGGUGCAGGAGGAGCAGGCCUGCGGGCUGCAUUUGGUUUGUCUGAGGCUGGGUUUAAUACAGCGUGUGUUACAAAGCUGUUUCCCACCAGGUCUCACACUGUUGCUGCGCAGGGAGGGAUCAACGCAGCUUUGGGGAACAUGGAAGAUGAUAACUGGAGGUGGCAUUUCUAUGACACAGUGAAAGGGUCUGACUGGCUGGGUGACCAGGAUGCCAUACACUACAUGACUGAGCAAGCCCCAGCUGCAGUGAUAGAGCUGGAAAACUAUGGGAUGCCAUUCAGUAGAACAGAGGAAGGAAAAAUCUACCAGCGUGCAUUUGGAGGACAGAGUCUUCAGUUUGGAAAAGGAGGACAGGCUCACAGAUGCUGUUGUGUUGCAGACAGGACAGGACACUCGCUCUUGCAUACUCUGUAUGGCAGGUCUCUAAGAUAUGAUACCAGCUACUUUGUUGAAUAUUUUGCCUUGGACUUGCUGAUGGAAAAUGGAGAAUGUCGUGGUGUUAUUGCUCUUUGCAUAGAAGAUGGCACUAUACAUCGUUUUAGAGCAAAGAACACUGUCAUUGCCACUGGGGGGUAUGGACGUACUUACUUCAGCUGUACAUCUGCUCACACUAGUACAGGUGAUGGCACUGCUAUGGUUACACGAGCUGGCCUUCCUUGCCAGGACUUGGAGUUUGUACAGUUUCACCCUACAGGUAUCUAUGGGGCUGGCUGCCUCAUAACAGAAGGAUGUCGUGGAGAAGGAGGUAUUCUAAUUAACAGUCAAGGUGAAAGGUUUAUGGAGAGAUAUGCACCUGUUGCUAAAGAUCUGGCUUCCAGGGAUGUUGUGUCUCGCUCUAUGACCAUAGAGAUAAGGGAAGGAAGGGGUUGUGGCCCUGAAAAAGAUCAUGUGUAUUUGCAGUUGCACCAUUUACCACCCCAGCAGCUGGCAACUCGUCUCCCAGGGAUUUCAGAAACAGCUAUGAUAUUUGCAGGAGUUGAUGUCACUAAAGAGCCUAUUCCCGUUCUGCCUACUGUGCAUUAUAAUAUGGGAGGUAUUCCUACUAACUACAAGGGACAGGUGAUCACUCAUGUGAAUGGAGAGGAUAAGGUGGUACCUGGCUUAUAUGCUUGUGGGGAAGCAGCGUCUGCAUCUGUCCACGGUGCUAAUCGACUUGGAGCAAACUCCCUUUUGGAUCUGGUGGUCUUUGGUCGUGCUUGUGCCCUUACUAUUGCAGAGACCUGCAAGCCUGGAGAACCAGUCCCCUCCAUUAAACCAAAUGCUGGUGAAGAAUCAGUUGCUAAUCUUGACAAAUUAAGAUUUGCUGAUGGAACCAUAAGAACUUCAGAAGUGCGACUUAACAUGCAGAAGACAAUGCAAAGCCAUGCCGCUGUAUUUCGUACUGGCUCUAUACUACAAGAAGGCUGUGAAAUACUUAGCCAAAUUUAUCGUGAUUUAGCUCAUCUGAAGACAUUUGACAGAGGUAUUGUGUGGAACACUGAUUUGGUGGAGACCCUUGAACUGCAAAACUUGAUGCUUUGUGCCCUGCAGACCAUUUAUGGUGCUGAGGCUCGCAAAGAAUCCCGAGGUGCUCAUGCCAGAGAGGACUAUAAGCUACGGGUAGAUGAGUUUGACUAUUCUAAGCCACUCCAGGGCCAACAGAAGAGGCCAUUUGAAGAGCAUUGGAGGAAGCACACUCUUUCAUAUGUGGAUGUCAAGUCAGGGAAGGUUACCUUGAAAUACAGACCUGUAAUUGACAGAACUUUGAACGAAGAAGACUGUUCAAGUGUUCCGCCUGCUAUUCGCUCAUACUAGUAACUUAGAUUCAACUUGCAGUCCUCUCCCAGAGAGGGUUGAUGUACAUAUGCAUAGCAGAAGCGAAUCAAAAUACUGCUCUUAUCUAUCAGUGAAUGGAAAAAUGUUGCUUCAAGGUUUUGCUAACUUAUGUUCUGUUCUUUGGCUUACUUCGUAACUAUGAAAGUGGAAUGCUUGUGUUGUUUCACUCAUCUUCCACAGCUCAAAGGGAAAACACAAAAUGUGUCUAAAUAAAGUCAUCAGAAGUUGUGUCCCA